GGUAAGGUUUUUGUGUGUGUGUGAGAGGAAAGAGGCUUGUACAUACACGUUUCUCUGCCUUUCAUGUACGUACUCUUACUAUGAGAGAGAGAGAGAGAGAGUGGGUUGUACAUAUACUUUCAAUGCCUUUUAUGUACAUUUUCCAUAUAUUUCUUGGCUUUUAUAUCGUAACUCCUCACUUGUAUCUCAUAUUUGUAUUUCAACUAUCACUCUUACCUGUAUAUUUAAUCUGUAUAUUUAAUCAUCAUUCUUAUCUCACAUAUAUAGAAAUCUUUACUCAUCUCUUUUAUUCAUCACUUCUUUUGCUAUUUGAGGGGAGUUGUGGGUGAAUUUUCUCAGCUUCCUGGGUAAUGGUGGUGGUUUGGUAUGGGAGGGUGAGGAGGAGAAGAGUCAGAAUACCUUCCCUCUUCUCUCACGUCCCCAUUCCUUCUGUCUCAGCUUCUUGGUUAAUGGUGGUUCAGUAAUGUAAGGGAGAGUGAGGAGGAAGAGGUCAAAAUAUCUAUCUUCUCCUCUCCUUUCUGCCUCCCCAUUGCUCCCAUCACUUAUAAUAAAAUUUCUCAGCUUCUUGGUCAAUGGUUCAGUAAUGUAUGGGAGAGUGAGGAGGAAGAGUCAAAAUAUCUGUCUUCUCUCCUUUCUCCCUCCCCAUUGCUCCUAUCACUUAUAAGCAAAUGUCUCAGCUUCCUGGUCAAUGGUUCAAUAAUGUAUGGGGGAGGAGGAAGAGUCAGAAUACCUUUCUUCUCCUCUUCUUUCUGCCUCCCCAUUGCUUCUCUCAUCAGCCGCCUCUGCAGAGUUAUAGAUACAUGUUAUAGAUUAGCCUCUGCAUUAGUGUUAAGGGUAUUUGCUGGGUCACUGGAUUGCGGGUACUGCUGAUAGUUAGGCAGCUUUUGGCUUUCUCAGACUCAACUUAGUACACAGACCCUUAUUCUAAAGCACUUCUGCACUGUAUCUCCACUACUUAAAAAGGCUCUAAUUGAAGUUACAUGGGUUUUUAAAAGUAUUUUUAUGGUUCUAGUGACAGAUUAAUGAGUUUUGUACAUUAUUAACAGGGGAAGCACUCUUGAGAAACUGGCUAAUUGUCUCUGUGGCCUUGGAAAAUAGUGGUGGUGAGAGAGCACAGUGUUUCUGAAUAUAGAACAUAGCUAGGCAAGUUGGCUUCCUUAAAUUCAGCUUGGUAUGUACAUAGACAGGCAGCUUGGCUUUACAAACUCCCCUCCCUCCCUCUACUCCAUUUCCUUGGCUUUUUAUUCUCUCUCUCUCUCUCUCUCUCUCUCUCUCUCUCUCUCUCUCUCUCUCUCUCUCUCUCUCUCUCUCUCUCUCUCUCUCUCUCUCUCUCUCUCUCUCUCUCUCUCUCAUGGUAUCCCUGUGGAGGUGCCCCCCACCCCCGCCGCCCCCGCCAGCCCCCUCAUCGUGCCCCAGCUCACCUCUUGCCCCAAAGUGGCUGGAUUUAUUUUUUUCCCUCAGAAGACCAGACUGAAGCUGGGUCAUCCCCGCACUCCCUCUCUCCUGCUGACUCUUCCUCUCCUUCCCCACCCACUUCCCCUAUUCCUAUCCACCGCCCCACGCGCUCCCCGUCGCCCUACCUGGCGUGGGACGACCUGGAGGGUGACGAGGUGAACGCAGGCACGCCUCUCAUCCCCAUGGCAGAGACCUUCGUGCCCUGCGUCACUGGGGCAAACACCCGCGGCCGCUCCUCCACCCCCUCCACCCCAAUCUUUGCCUCCGGGGUCAGCGCACAGUUUGUCUUCCCCACUAACAUUGGUUGUGGUGGUGGUGGUGUGCCAGCCACAGACGCCCCCGCUACACCACACACCCCAAACACCCCCGUACCUGCCAGCUCUAACACACCCCAGGCCAGGGAAGAGUCCCCAGCCCCUGCAGCGUGUGACCCGUUGCUUGGCUCCUCCGUCUCGGCUGCCCCGUCCCCAUCAGCCAGCAGGAAGGCUGUGGCGGCGGCACCACCCCUGCACCGCCAGAGUGCUACCCCGCUGGGUUCCCUGAUGCGCACCAGCUCCCUGCCUGGCCUGGGCCAGAACAGCCAGGAGCUGAGGGGCAGUGGGUAUGCCUCGCCACGCACCAUGGCCCUCCUGUUCUCCUCCAUGGGGCGGCGCGGCUCCCUCCAGCGCGGCGGGUCCUACCAGAGCCUGGGGGAGUGUGCUGACCUGGAGGAGGACCAGGACGAGGAGCACCUGCUGGAUGACCUUGCACCCGGGACGGAGGAGUGCCGGGCAGAGCGUCAGGCCGAGAGCCAGGCCGAGUGCCAUGACAAGGGGCUGUCCCACGUUCCCUCCUCCCCCGUGCCCAUCGCUAAGAGCCUCUUCCGUCGUAACAAUAGCAGUAGGACCCUUAGUAGUAGUUGCCCCACCCGCGCCUCCCCCCUCACUAACCCCCCGGCACCCCUCCACCCCCUCCCCACCACUAACACCUCGCGGGGGGUGCCGGGGUGGGGCGAGGGGGUCGGCGUCAGUGCCAGCAUGACACCCACUAAUGCCACUCUUGCAGGGCCCACCGCCAACUCCAGCCGGCCAACCCCCCCAGGCCCCCACCUCCCAUUCUCCAGUAACCCCCUCACUCCACUCACCCCCAACACCUCUACCACCUCCUCCUCCACCCCCAACACCACCGCCAACGCCUCGCCCGCCCCCGGCAACCCCUCGCUGGAUCGGUACGCAGCUCUCAAGGAUCUGGACGAGGAGUUCAAGACGCAGAAGGAGAACGAGACCACCAUUCACCACAAUGCCAUCCCUCCAUCUCACUCUCUGCCUUCCUCUCGAUCUUCUGGCUCUCUCCAGGCUCCCUUAAUCAGCUCCUGGUCUGAUGGCAGUGUGAGCUGGGCUGUUUCCAAUGGCGGAGGGCCCCACCACCCCCCCACCUCCACCACCUCCGUCCCCAGCAACACCUCCUCCACCAGUGUCUUUGGGAGCUCCACCAUGAAUGGGGCUGUGUUUGGCUCGCCUCCCACUGGGGUGUUCGGAGGGGGGGUGAAUGGUGGGGGCCCGGUCAUGGGGACGCCACCUACUGGCCCGUCAGCCUGGCAGAAUUUCUCGGGGCCUAACCCUUUCUCAGGAGUAAACAGUGGAGGUGCUUGGGUGAAUGGGAUGGCUCAGAUGACCAAUCCUGGACCCACCCACACCCAGCAAGGUUUUGGGACUAUGGUGCAGCCGAACCCAUUUGGAACCCCAGACCCAAAUUUCAACCAGUUUGGGGGCGGGGCAGCUCUGAACGGGGCGGGGAGCGGGUGCAGGGGCUGGUGGAGGCUGGGCAAACUUCUCCCACCCACAGCAGCCUUCAAAAAUGGCCUGGACUGCUGCCAAUGGAACUCAAAAUCCCUUCAUGGCUGCUGCCCCUCAGAUGCCUUCCAGUGGGUCAUCUUACAAUCCCUUUCUCUGAGUGGUCAUCUUCUAGGGACAGCCUCCUCCUCCUCCUCCUCCUCCUCCUCCUCCUCCUCCUCCUCCUCCUCCUCCUCCUCCUCCUCCUCCUCCUCCUUGUCUUCAUUGCUCAGUAUCCCUUUGCUCUCAUUUCUCUCUCUCUCUAUCUCUCUCGCUCUCUUGUAAUUCACACAAAAGACAAGCAUUUUAUUUCUUUCUGGUCUGUCUGCCUACCUGCCUGUCUGUCCAUCUGUCCGUCUGUCUGUCUGUCUGUCCGAAAGUUCCAUUGUACCUUAGAGCUAAUAAUAAUGUUAAUCUGAUUCACUAAUAGGAGAUAAGUAUGCUGAGUGAGUGGUACCAGCAGACGUCAAUCACGUAACACCAAUACAAACAGGAAUUGAAAGGCGGCUAAAUCCUCUUCUGUUCUACACAUGAGAUUGACACUUGCUCACUCACACACAUUCGAGGUUUGGGAAGGCAUGGGAAGAUGUGCGUUUAUGUGUGUGUGUGUGUGUGUGUGUGUGUGUGUGUGUGUGUGUGUGUGUGUGUGUGUAGCAGGGAGUUGUCACAUACAAGUCUCUUGUGUGUGUGCAUGUGUGUGUGUUUGGCAGGGGUGCUAUGUGGUGGUACUGCUGGUGUACAUAGGUUUAGGUGUAUGUGAGUGAAGGAUACACACACACACACACACACACACACACACACACACACACACACACACACACACACACACACACACACACACACACAGACAGGGACAUGUCAGCCUUGCAACUAGUGCUUUAGAAAGUUUGUGCAUAUCUACACACACACACAUGCACGCACACACACAGACACACACAUGACAAUAAAAAGUCAAGAUAUGAUAAUCAAAAUAUACGUACAGGUCCUGUAAUAUGUGUUUGUGUGUGUAUGUGUGUGUAUGUGUGUGUACAAGCAAGUGCACAUGGAAGGAGGAGAGCAUACAGUGGUGCUUAACUUGUGUGAACGCGUACAUGUAAGGCUCUCUUUAGUGUGUGUGUGCGUGUGUGUUUGUUGUUUCUCUAAUGGUGUACAUGGGCUGGGAAGAAAAUAAUUUACGUAAUCUCGAUUUAUUUAAUCAUUUUUUUUUUAGUAUUUUUGCAAGAAUACAGAAGAAUACAAAUGAAAGACUCUAAUUUCACAGUAUUUAUUUAUCUAUUUUUAUUUUUCUUCUCUCUCUUAAGAAUACAAAAGCCUUUCUGAUCUGGCCACUCGUUACCAUCACCAUAUUCCAGUCAUUGCCGUCAUUAUUACCAUUACCAUUAUUUCCUUACUGCGAUCAUUUGCCGGUCAUUGGCGUACGUGAAAGCAGAACACGUUAACAUUUAUUCCGAGUGACUAAGAGAGACACCACUGUUGAGUCUGAGAGCUGUAGUGCGUGUAGAAAUCGUGUAUUUUUAUUUGCAUACGUAAUUUGAGGCUACAGAUUUAUGAGGGGAAGAAAAGGGUACAAGAGUUAAUAAUGAAUAGGGAAACUCAUAUACCUGUAUGCUAAUGUAGUGUACCUGUGUGCUGUACAUGUGGGAAAGAACAUGUAUUUUUAUUUGCGUACGUAACUGGACUACAGAUUUAUGUGGGAAAAAAAGGGUACAAGACUUAAGAAUGAACAGGGAAACUUGUAUACUUGUAUGCUAACGUAGUGUACUUGUGUGCUGUGCUUGUGGGAAAGAACACCUAUUUUUAUUUGCAUACAUAAUUUGAGGCUACAGAUUUACGUGGGAAAAAAGGGUACAGGUCUUAAUAAUGAAUAGGGAAACUCAUAGACUUGUAUGCUAACGUAGUGUACUUGUGUGCUGUUCUUGUGGAAAAGAACACGUAUUUUCAUUUGCAGACAUGAUCCACAAAUUUACGUGAAAAAAAAAAAAAUGGCACAAGACUUAAUAAUGAAAAGGAAAACAACCCUUUCACAGCAACAGGCAGCAGGUGACAGCACUAGAGGCACCGUAUAAAACAUUAACAAAAGGCCUGUAUGCAAGGGAAAGCUGUCAAAGGAAUAGAUUUUCCAACAUAUUGCCCGUAAAAUAUUUAGAAGUAGCUGUAGAUGAAAGAAAUGUCCCCUUGUGGUUUGUCUUGAAGUAACCAUGUGUCAGAUGCUAGUGAAAUGGUUCUGUAUCUUUUUUUUUUUCCUGUAUGUAAUUUUUUUAACCACAAAUUAGGGAAAGUUUGGAAAAAAAAAGUGCAUGAGUUAGGGUUAUGUAGAAGAGAAGUCGUUUCUUUAUGCAUGUGACUUGAGUACAGCAAAAUUUAGAAGAGGAUAGAUGAAUAAGGAAGUGAAUAACAUUAUGUAGAAUAGACCUCAUGUUUCUGGAGAUUUUUUACUGUAGCAAAUUCAGAAAACUUUAAAACAAGGAUGGAUGAACAAGGAGUAAAUGACACAUAGAAGAGAGAUUUGUAAAAGUGCAACAAAUUUACGAAAGGAGAAAAGGAGAAACGAAUUAGGAGCGAAUAACACGUAGUAGAAAACUCAGGUAAAUUUUACGUACGAGAUUCUUAAAAGAGUAACGAACUGAAGAGGGUUGAAGAGGAGAAAAUAAAUAGGAAAACAUGAUGCCAUUUCUUUGAGAGUAACAUUUUUGAAGAUGAUGAAUGUGAGAGGGAAAAAAGGAGAGAUAAAACAGGAUAUGCAACUCCACUUUGUGUUGAUUAAUUAUUUUGUGAUAUACGAAAUCAGGUGCUUCAGUGUUCAGUGUCCCCACUGCAUUGUUAUCUUAGCCAGCCUGCACUAACACUUAUCAUUAUUAUUAUUGUUAUUAUUAUCAGUUAUUUAUCUUUAAUUAUUUCUAUAUAUGUAUUUGUCAUUAUUUACCAUUUCUCUUCAUACUUUCUCUCCUAGCCAAACUUUAAAGUCAUAUAUUUAUUUUGGUUAUUAUUAUUGAUUAUAUUUCUUCCCUCACUUCAUCUCAUUCCCUGCACCGCUCCCUCCCUCCCUCCCUGCAUCUGUCUGCCUGCACCAGGCCAGCAUUUCCCAUGAAGGAGGGUGGCCCAGACAAGGCACCCACAUGCAUAUAUUAUCACUCAAUUCGCAUUCUUGAGUCAGUUUAUUAUCAUUGUUUCUCUUCACAGUUUCUCUCAGUAUACGAUGAUGUACGUCUCAGUUAUAAGGGGGUUACAAAAGAUACAAGCAGUAGCACCCUGACAUCCUUCCUAGACUUUAACUUCACUAAGUCACAUUUUUAGAGUAGAUUAUUUAUUCAUUUUAUUUAUUAUUGUUUACUCCACAAGUUCCAUGUCAUUAGUAUUGUUAUGGAUUACACUUCCUCACUCCUGCUUUCCUGCCUGAGAAAGAGAGAGAGAGAGAACUCAAGGUGCUCUUCUGCUAUCCAUACAUCCUCCCAACACACCACCACCUCCAAGUCACAGUAGUUAGAGCCUCAAGAGACUACAUAAUUUCCCCAGUGUCAUUUUCAGUCAAAACGAAAGGAUUGGUCAUGUUUUUUCUACCCCCCCUCCCUUCCCCAACACACCACCACAGUAGCUGCAAUAGAUCACAUGUUUCUCCUUGAUGUCACCCUCUGUCAAAAGGCAAUUUGUCAUAUUACUCAUCCCUGCCGCCUCCUGACACACCACCUCUAUAGCACAGUAAUGAAGUAUUUGUCCACAGUGUCAUCCUUUAUCAGAAGGUGGCAUGUUUAUAGUUUCUCUGAGGCUGAUAGAUUUUAAACACCAACACCUACAUCCACACACAUCUGCAAAGCUCUACACAUCCAUAGCAUCUUUCCUCCACCCCAGACCAUCCUAGCAAGCUCCAGUACAUACCCUGAACCAACACCAAUACCUAUUCACAUCUGCAGAGCUCCACAGACACAGAACCUCAUCCCUUCACCCGACACACAUCUGCAAAGCUCCAGACACAAACAGAACCUCAUUCCUGUGUCACAGAGCACUAAAACCCAAUUUGCAGGGCCUCAGAUGCCCCAGAACCAGAUUUCCUUGCCCCUGAUUAAACCUGCAGCCCUCUCAGUGAUCCUGAAUAUCAUGUCCAGAGCCCAAACAUACAGACUUGAAUGCCAUCUAACACCACAUCUUUAUCUUGAUGUUUUGUUGCCCCCCCUCCAUCCCACCCUUGCUCCCAAAGACAGCAAGCAAACAAGUGCCUUUAUUUUAGUAGAUAAUGCUGCUGCUACUACCACUUCUAUGACUUCUACUGUUAUUUUUAUCGUUGAGUUACCGUCUGAAUGCGUGAUUAGAUGAUUGUGUUUGCAAGUUUCCGAUGCACCUUUCCGGCCAUGCACGCACCCUCCCAGCACACGUCUGCCUCCCUUGCCGUGAGUUUGGUGGCUUAUUCCUCCUUGAUUCCGUCGUACUAAACCUCGCUCGCAAGCCUCUCUCGGGGAUGCCUCUCGUUGCCGUCUCCACCACCAGCACCACCAUCGCCCUGCCGCCCUAAACGACACUUGGUACUUUAGGGUUCGAGGGGGAAUUUCCAAGUACAGUGUUAGCUUUAUUUUUUUGUUUUGCACGUUUGAAACACAGAGACAUUGACAAGUAAUGAUGUUAGUGAGUUUUUGAGGUUUAUUUAUGUGUUCAUUCUCUUGUUGUUUUCUUUAGUUUAGUGUCUGAAUGGCACAGACCUGAGGCAUUACUCACACACAUGUACACACACACACACACACACACACACACACACACACACACACACACACACACACACACACACACACACACACACACAUACACACACACAGAUAGAUGCUGGUUAUUUCAGUCAUACAUAACUUUUGCUUGUCUGUCUGUCUGUCUGUCUGUCUGUCUGUCUGUUUGCAUUCCUCUUAGUCACCACUUGUUAUGCUAUUGGCACUUUUUUGUGAUAAAUACGUUGUGUGCGUGUGUCUAUAUGUGUGGGUGUAGAUGUGUGUGUGUGUGUGUGUGUAGUGGUGGAUAGGUUUCCCGCACCAGUGUAUGAAUGUAUGUGUGUAUGAGUGUUGUGUACAUAUUAUAUAUAUAUUAUAUACCAUAGCGUAUGUGCGUGUCUGUUCGUGUGUGUGUGUACCUUUGUUGAUAUUUUUGAUAACUCUCGCUAGUGCCGUUAGAUAGACUGACAUAUACAAAUACUAUACAAUAUAUAUAUUUUUAUUUUCUUUGACCAUUUCUGCUUUGAUAAUAAUAAUAACAACAGUUAACUAUGUAGGUUUUCUCUAUGCUACUAUGAGUGUGUCUGUGUGUACGUGUGUGUGUGUGUGUGUGUUAGUAUGUAUGUGUGUUGCUCUAUCUUUCUCUCUAUUUCUCUUGCUAUUCUUGCUGUCCCAUAAGUACCUCAGUAAGCCUUGAUAAAGAGAAGGGGAGGAGGAGGAAGAGGAACAAGAAGAAGAAGAAGAAGAGGACAAAGAAACAGCUUAAGAAGAAGAGGAAGAGGAGGAGGAGGAGGAGGAAUCAGGCAGUAAAAUAAGGAUAAAGAAGAGGGCAGUUAUAACGAACAAAACCAAAAAUAGAGAACAAAAAGCACUGAUCUAUUGUCACACACUCUCUCUCUCUCUCUCUCUCUCUCUCUCUCUCUCUCUCUCUCUCUCUCUCUCUCUCUCUCUCUCUCUCUCUCUCUCUCUCUCUCUCUCUCUCUCUCUCUCUCUCUCUCUCUCUCUCUCUCUCUCUCUCUCUCUCUCUCUCUCUCUCUCUCUCUCAAGUCCAUCACAAGUCUGCCAGUCAGGAGAGAGCCUUUUAUUUAGUUACUCAAGUUUGAAGUUCGUAACAUUUGUGUCUCAUUAAUUUUCUCCUCCUCCGCUGUCUUACAAUUUUCAAAGCAGCCAAUGUUCCUGAGUUGAGAUAGAGUACUGUUAUAUAUUUCCCUUUUAUUUUUUUGAGGGCGGGUGUGUAUGUAUAUCUAUUAUGUAAGGGAGAGGGAAUAGCUCUGAGGGGGUUGGGUUUAGUAGCAGGAGGAGGAGGGGGGGUUAGGAAAGAUUUGUGAGCUGUAUAGAAGGUGAUAUAUAUAUAUAUUUUUUUUCCUUGCUGUGUUCAGUACGUAUUAGAAUGACUUGUUUUUUAUUAUCAUUGUCAUUAUUUUUCCUGUUUGUCAUCUUCAUAUAUUGUGUAUUAGCCUUUUGUUUAUGUUAGGUAUUUUAUUGUAGUAUCAUUGAGAUUAUUAUUGUUAUUAUUAUUAUUAUUAUUAUUAUUAUUAUUAUUAUUAUUAUUAUUAUUAUUAUGUGUGCUCAUGUUUAACAAAGUAUGGUCUUUCCUGGGUUGUUAAUUUUUUUUAAUAUUAGGUGUUUUGUUCUUAGUCAUGUUUUCACUAAAUCACUCACUCACACACACACACACACACACACACACACACACACACACACACACACACACACACACACACACACACACACACACACACACACACACACACACAUUACAGAGAGACAAAAAAUAAAUAAAAAAUGGAUAGUCAAAUUCAUUAAGUCCAAGAGUGAGAAAAGGGCAAUAAAAAGUGAAAGGAGUAGAAAGAGAAGGAGAAACAGAAUUAUGCAACUGAAGAAAAUAGGUAAUGGAGAAUAGAAUAAAGAGGAGGAGGUGUACAACUAAAAAUAUCAAAGUAGGAGACAUAUUUAGCUAUUUUAUUACCAUUGUCGAGGGUUGUGCUCUCUGUUCAGAAGUGUUGGGGGUGAUAUUACACACACACACACACACACACACACACACACACACACACACACACACACACCAAAGGGGUAGGGAUGAAGUUGUACAUAGAUUUCUUUAGCUUAAAUUUAAAUACUCCACUACUAUAGCCAGAGCUUCCCUACACACACACACACACACACACACACACAUAGGUAGACUCAGCACAGAUACACAUGCACACUCAGAAAUACAGAUACAUACAAGCCCUUUUACACACACACACACAUGCACACACACACACACAAAACACCAUCCUGGGUUUCAGCUCCUCCUCUGGCAAACACUAGUUAAGUUAUAUCGCCUCAUGACUUAUUCAUUGUGCAGUCAUCUAUCUCAUCCUCCCCGGUCGCCUGUCACCCAUCACAGCCGACUCAAGGUGUGCAUCAUUGUCCCCCUUACCCACCACACCAGCGGGAAGGAACCAUCAGCCUAAACAAUCAAUAGCAACAUUAAAACAUUUAUUUCACA